CACCCCAACAGGCCAACAUCGAUCCCGGUCCCGGCACCUCGGCGGCGCCACGUCCGUCGCCGUGAUUUCUCCGGUCCCCACCUCUGGACUGCCGGCGCCACCCACGCCGGCUGGGUCGCCGCUGCGCAGCGUCCGUCUGGAGUCGCCAACUGCCCGCGCCGACCCAGCUGAUUCCGUCUACUCGCAGUCCACCCACGCAUUAGGCGCGCCAAUUCCCCCGUCCAGCCGUUCGGGCUUUACUCGGCGGCGGCGGCGCCAGGUACCGCGUACGGCGAAGGAAGGGGACAGGAGCCCGAAACCAACUUGGGCGACAGGGUGGCGGGGGAGAUCGGAGACAGCCCAGCUGGAGCGCCAAACCCCAGGCAAGGUGAGGUUCUUGCAAUAGAAGUGUGCCCAAUGGAUCGUGGAGGUUCCCAAAAGAAAAGACAUAAAGCUGUUGCAAAUGUUGAUAUCAUCAGCAAUCUACCAGAUGUUAUCAAGGACAAAAUUCUUUGUUGUUUGCCUAUAAAAGAAGUUCUAGGAACAUGUCUCUUGUCAAGGAAGUGGAGAUACACAUGGGCUUCAAUGACGGAAUUGACUUUCAGGGAAGAUGAUUUUGAUUUAGGUAGUAGUAUUGAAGAGGGUGAAACUAAAAAAUUUGUCAAUUUCAUCAACAUGGUUCUCUCCCUUCAUAAUGGCCCAAUUCUGAAGUUCGAACUGAAUGCCCGACGGGUUCAUUUGCUAUCCGCUGGAGGGCACAUCCACAGGUGGAUGCUUAUGCUUUCAAGAAAUGGAGUUAAGGAAAUUCAAAUUAGGACAAAGAUCUGGAGGAAUCACAAAAUCCCUUCUUCUUUCUUCUCCUGUGAGGAACUGGAAUAUGCUUGCCUGCAAGGUUGUAUUUUUCAGUUGCCACCUCUGUUUACAGGUUUUAAGCGAAUACAUACCCUUCAUUUUAUUGAUUUCUGUGCAACGGAAAACAAUAUAGGGGAAUUAGUAGCAAGCUCCCCAAACUUGGAGAAACUGAUUCUCUCUAGGUUGCUCAGCUUUGCCGAUAUCAGUAUCCACUCAACAAAGCUCAAGAUACUAAGAGUUGACGGCAUGUUUAAACACCUCAGUCUGGUUACGCCACAUGUCUCUUCAGCAGUGAUUAAUCUGCAAGUUAACACUGGUUAUGUUCCGAGGGCUGGGUGCAACUUUAAUCUUUCUCAAUUCAUCGGGUCUCUUUUAGAUAUUGAAAAUAUUUCAUUGCUCGGGCAUGCUUUCGAGUGCGCAGCUCAUGGAAUCUUGCCUGGUAAACUACCAAGAUUGUUAAAUCGGUUGACUGAGAUAACCCUGGAGAUUGACCUUGGUAAUAUGAAGGAAGCAAACGCUGCUCACUGUUUGUUUCAAGUUGCUCCCAACUUGCGACGCGUUGAGCUACAGCUUAUUUACAGGGGCUAUGCCGCACCCACCUCGAAUUUCUGGGACUCCAUUGAUCACCAGGCCGGUCUCUUCAAUAACCUGGAUACAGUUGUUCUGAGCAACUUUGCUGGCUCCUGUGCAGAGUCGGGCUUCUUGAAACUUUUGCUUGAAGAUGCACCCGUGCUUAGGAUAGCGCAAAUAAAAGACAACAACAAACUGGAUAAAGAAUCUCUCAAGCGUCUCCUGAAGAUGAGAAGAGCAUCGAAGGAUGCAGAAGUAAUCCUCCUUUGAGGCAUGGUCCCCUGACUCCGAUAGACAUGCACUGUUCUUUCCUGGUGAAGCAAUUUAGUCUGUUGAUACUGUAGGGUUAUUCGGUUAGUCUUAUCGGUAUUAAGCUUCAUCAAAGCAAAAGCUGUAGUCCUUUGCAGAUAUCAAUGCCAUCUUCAGCAAAGUGAAAAUGUUGCACCUGAA